AUGAACGUGCGACCACCCAUCGAGGCCUCAAGCUCCGAGGCUGUCUUGUCCGUCUCUUUCAACAAUGAUGCGAGUUGUUUCUCCGUCGGCCUUGAUUCUGGUAUUUGUGUCUUCCAUACCAAAUCAUGCCUUCUCAAAGCCUCGAGAGAUUUCAACGCCGGAAUCGGCCUCGUUCAGAUGAUGGGCACGACUAAUUACCUGGCUCUAGUUGGUGGUGGCAGGUCGCCCAAGUUUGCUAUGAACAAAGCCAUAAUAUGGGACGACAUGAAAGGCAAAGUUGCUCUAGAACUUACAACUCUCACAGCAGUACGAGGCGUUCAAUUAGGCAGGGAGCGCAUCGCUGUUGUCUUACAGAACAGCGUCCGGGUCUACUCUUUCACCAAGCAUCCAGAUUUACUACACAUAUACGAAACCGCGGACAACCUCGCAGGCCUAUGUUGUCUCUCGGACAAGAAGCUCGCUUUUCCUGGUCGAACUGCUGGACAAAUACAACUCGUCGAGUUGGCGACUGGUAACGUCAGCAUUAUUCCAGCCCAUUCUUCUGCACUAAAGGCAAUUGCUUUGAGCCCGGAUGGAGAACUCCUCGCCAGUGCAAGCGAAAAGGGUACUCUCAUCCGUGUUUAUUCUACAAGCAACUGUGCAAAACUUGCCGAGCUUCGCCGUGGAAUUGAUCCUGCUACUAUCUUCUCUCUCGCCUUUUCCCACUGUGGUACUAUGCUCGCCUGCACUUCGGACAAAUCCACUCUACACGUAUUCGAUGUACCUCAUCCACGGAAGCCAGGGAUGAACCGAAGUCAACAGAUUGGCACGCCUGGAGCUGAUGCUGGAGACGGGACAGGGAAGUGGGGCAUCCUUAGCAAGAUUCCCUUGAUGCCUCGAUUGUUUUCCGACGCAUACUCCUUCAGCUCGACCCAUUUCGAGGCUGGAGAUGAAGCUGCGAUAGGUGGGAUUCCUUUCUCAGAGAGCACUGUCUUGGGAACAUCCCGGCCACCAAAGGGUGUCAUCGGAUGGAUCGGCGAUGACAGCCUGGUGGUCAUAGGUGCAGGACACGACGCGCGAUGGGAGAAGUUUGUUAUUGUCGAUGGCGAAGAUGGGAAGCGACACUGCGUUAGGGAAGGGUGGAAGCGGUAUUUGGGUAACACAUGA